UCGCCGGUGCUUCUGUGUGCGCUCCGCGCGCAUCGCGCACGCGCAUCGCUCACUGCCACUGUCCGCGCUCGUGCGGGGCCCGCGACGAUCCAGCGGGAGUGUUAGCUAUGUAAUGGCGGCUUCGGUGUUGCUCUCCGCGGAAAGCCCCGUGCCCUCGUUCACCGUCGGCCACCUCGCCGGAGCUGCGGCGGCGGGAGCUGCUCAUCACGGAUUAUCCAUCGCUCCCGGAGCCGCGUCCUGGAGCCGCUCGCUGGACCGGGCGCUGGACGAGGCGGCGGCCACCGGAGCACUCACCCUCAGCGGCAGGAAGCUGAAGGAGUUCCCAAGGAGCGCCGCCGGACACGACCUCACCGACACCACACGCGCCGAUCUAUCACGAAACAGACUGACAGAGCUGCCGGUGGAGGUGUGCAUGUUUGUGUCGCUGGAGAGUUUGAACCUGUACCAGAACUGUCUGCGUUCACUACCAGAGAGUCUGAUAAACCUACAGUCCCUCACCUACCUAAACAUCAGUCGAAACCAGUUGUCCACUCUCCCCGCUUAUGUGUGCCGUCUGCCGCUCAAAGUUUUGAUCGCCUGCAAUAACAAGCUGGUCUCGCUGCCGGAGGAUCUGGGCAAACUCAGACAGCUCACAGAACUGGAUGUCAGCUGUAAUGAGAUCCAGACGCUUCCUCCACAGAUCGGUCAGCUGGAAGCUCUGCGCGACCUCAACAUCCGCAGAAACCAUCUCGUUCGCCUGCCUCCAGAGUUGGCGGAGCUGCCAUUGGUCCGGCUUGAUUUUUCCUGUAACAAGAUAACGACAAUCCCAGUAUGCUACCGCAAUCUCAGACACCUCCAGAGCAUCAUUCUGGACAACAAUCCUCUCCAGAGCCCACCUGCACAGAUCUGUAUAAAGGGAAAGAUUCAUAUAUUUAAAUAUCUGAACAUGGAUGCAUGUAAAGCAGCAUCAGACCUUCCAGACUACGACAGAAGACCAGUGCCUUUCGGAUCCUGUGCAGAGGAUUUGUAUACUGGCCAACCGUACGGCGCUCUGGACUCCGGCUUUAACAGUGUGGACAGCGGAGACAAAAGGUGGUCUGGAAAUGAGCCUUCAGACGAGUUGUCAGACUUGUCGUUGAGAGUGGCGGAAAUCACCAGAGAGCAAAAACAGAGACGAGAUCGAGAAAGAGAGCGUGAGGAUCAUCGGACAGGGUCUCACAUGACCAAUGGCACAUUGGAAGCAGAGCUUGAACAGAUAGACUUCAUUGACAGCUGUACAGGGGAUGAUGAGGAGGAGGAUGGGCGGAGCCGUAAAGGGGCGGAGCCUCUCAGCCUCAGCUCACAGUUUAUGGCCUACAUUGAAAGACGAAUCACCAGAGAGGGUUCACCCGUGAAGACCAGCCCGUCCAGAGACUUCAGAACUGAUGAUCCCAGACUCCAAACCUCCUUACAUAACCGUGGUGGCUCAGAACCAGCGGUCACAUCUUCAUACGCUCAUAAUCAGCGCUCCGCUGGUGCGGCGUCGUGUUCUGGCGUCGGUGUGGAGAGAGUGAGACGGGAAGCUCAGCUGGCGGCUCUGCGGUACGAGGAGGAGAGACACAAAACAAGAUUAGUGCAAAGAGACGGCGUCAUGAAUUACGUCAAGCACAAGUCGACUCCGAGCCCUACGAAGCUCAGUCCGACAGACAGUGAGAGUCUGUACCCCUCCAGAUGGUCCACUCACACAGAUGACUCCGCCCUCUUCCUGAGUGAGUUUGAGCCCCUUCUGAUAUUUGAGAUAGACACAGACACCAACACUAUAAAGAAGAGGCCAGACCCUCACAAACAGCCAGGGGAAGAUUAUGGCUCGCUGUCUCCCACCGCCCUCCAAACCCUGACGUACCCCAUCCAGAGACCUGAGAGUUAUCUUUUCCGCCUCGGCCAGAGAGAGGAGAAGAAAAAAGGAGAAUCAGGCACACAGAAGGCGGAGCCAGAUGAAGCCACGCCCACACAGAGUCCCGCCCCCAGGGGAGAGGAAGCAAUACUAAUAGAGCAGCUGAGAAGAAAUAUCGAGUGUCGACUCAAGGUGUCUUUACCCAGUGAUCUUGGGGCAGCUUUGACUGACGGGGUCGUCUUGUGCCAUCUGGCCAAUCACGUGCGUCCCCGAUCCAUACCGAGCAUCCAUGUGCCCUCGCCAGCAGUGCCUAAACUGACGAUGGCCAAGUGUCGACGAAAUGUGGAGAACUUCCUCGAGGCCUGCCGCAGAAUUGGAGUUCCUCAGAACCAGCUGUGUCUCCCGCUGCACAUCCUGGAAGAGCGAGGUGUGUCUCAGGUGGCCGGGACGGUCCGUGCGCUCCUGGAUCUGGCUCCUCCGAAACACAUGGCGUCCCCGAGCACGACCCCCACCAGCCCCAGCUUCACCUCUCCACUCGCUCUGUAGCAAUCUCAUCCCUGCAAGCCCACAGAUCUCUAAGACUCCUUUCUGAUCUUGAGUGCCUCAUGGACGGUUCUGUAAGGGUAACACACUCACACACUACCUGCUCUGUGAACACACACACACACACACUCUUCACACCCCGACCAGCCUCAGACAACAGAGAAGAGACGACUGACCAACAGACAUGUCCAUGACUGCUAUGAAGCUAGAUUUCAUUUUAACAGUUAGUUUUACACUUUAUUAUCUCUAUUAUGGGUGGUGUUUAUUCUUAUUUUGUAAUAUUAUUAUUAUUAUUAUUAUUAUUAUUAUUAUUGAGCUGGCCAAAACUACCCAAGCUUGCGUAUCUGAGAGUUACAUUGGCUGGUGUUUAAAUCUCACAAAACCUGGUGGUCACAUUUCAACCUGAAAUAAAAUUAAGAUAUUAUACUUGCAGAAA